CUCCCAUCAGAAGUUUUGCAAGUAAUCUUGAGGAACAUUGGUGGAUGUGAUUUCACAAAUUUUAAACGAGCUUCAAAGCGCAGUAAUUCUGUUGCAAAUGAUCUGGAAAGAAGGUCAAAGCCUUCUGUGUGGAAAAGGUGAGUACUUGUGACCGUAAACAAAAGUUCUUCAAAAAUGUUCGUCACCACACUGAGUAUAAUAAGGUUUGACUGAUACACAUCUAGAUUAUCACAUUUUGUGAGGGAAGAAGUGAGAUGAACCUUUAUUUAUGACAAAACAGUGCUAAAAAUUUCAACUAAAAGCCAAUCUCAGGAUUAAACUGGUAAACAAAACAUAUAAUACAAAUACAAUAGUAAAGUAAAGGAUAAUAUUAAUAAUAUGGCUAAGGAAAAAAGGCAGUAAGAUGCAAAAAAUACUUCAGGCACUUCAUUUCCUUUUUUUUUUAAAAUUAAUUUUAUUUUAAAAUAAGGUUUUGAAGAAGUUUUAUUUUAAAAAUUAAAUUAACGGUAAAUGUGAAGGGGUAGCACCACCUUUUUUUUACCAUGGCAGCGAACUUAUGUCCCUAAAUCUAUCCCUUAACCUAACCUGCCUUAACCCUAAAUCAAUCCCUAAACCUAACAUGAACCCUAAACUUAUCCCUAACCUGGGUUUUGACCCUUUCAGAACCAGGGACAAAACACGCAAAUAACUUCAGGGUGCUAUCUCUUCACAUUAGCCAAAUUAACUUGUCAAAAAAGAUUUUUAUCCGUUUCAGGUUUGUUUUUCAAGAUUUUUUGCGUCCGUGCAUAGAAUGUCUAGCACCCUGGAUCUCUUCUUCUGAUGACAAUGACUUGAUAUUGUGGAAAGGUCUCUACAUACGACUGUACAGGACAUCAAUAUUAAAGGGAAAAACAAUCUUUGUGUCUAAAAAGUUGACCUACAGUGAAGGUGCACAGUUGGUAAACGAUGUCAAGUUUUUUUGUAAGUAUAAUAUAAUAGAUUUAUGAAUAUAGUGAACAUGUGUAGGCACGAAUUAUAGCAAUAUACCAGGCCUCCUUAGUCUUGGUGAGCUUAUGGUUGGAAGUAGGAUGAAUAUUUUAAUAGACUCAGGAUUUUACCAUGAAAAUUUUUAGAAAUUUUUUAGGACCUUAACAGGGGAAGACCUAAUGUUUAAUGCAGUUAUUGUAUGUUCCCCAAAUAUGCCGGUUAAGGUUUGUUUUUAAAUUUAAUUGAUAAACAUGGGAUAAACAUAAUUUAUUUUUAUAUGUUGUGCCAUUGUUCUCAUCAACAAAGUGCCGGAUACAAAAAGCAAAAAAAGGCACUUUAGGCUAUGCCCAUGACAAAGGCUCCAAUUUUUCUUGUUGAAUAGAUCUGUUCUUGAAUGUAAGUAAUAAUGUAAUGUACAGUAAGGAUGGACAUUCUGGACACCUUCAUGCAUAGAAUGAUAAAAUUAAGACUCAGAAAGGGAAAAAAGUAAAUGGCACAAGCUGUACAUAGUAAUCACCCAGCAGUGGUUAAAGAAUUUAAUGUGCAUCAUCUUGUUUAGGCACUCCAAUACCGGACGACGCGGUAAAAAAAAACCGGUUUUGCGUGGUACGUUUCUGUGACACGAAGGGCGGGUUUCGGUAUAUGUCGGGCUUUGUCGUUCCUAUGGAUCAUUUUCUAAAAAUAAGUUUCAGUCUUAAAGUUUAUUCACUGAAGAAUUCCGGUCACAAUGGUAUAAAUGUUGUGUCAUUCCGACCUGUCUCAGACGAACAGUUGGAGCGCAAACUGUGGGUAAGUUGAAACUCGUCUCCAUUUUUUUCUAACGUUUGGGGGGCUUUAUAGAGGGCUAGCUAUUACAUUUAAAGCAUUUAUUGUUUAUAUUAAUGGCCUUUUCUAGAAUUUAUAAUGCAGAGCGAAACAAAACAAAAAGUUAUGAAAAACGGCGGCCAUAUUUUUUACACAUAAUUUUAUUGACCGGAGGGAGGUGAAAUUAUUUGGAAAUAAACAUUUUAAAUAAAACAUUUCUAAAUCAUUAAACAUCUUUUUAAACAAAAGUUUUUGAUUCUAAUAUGACUAAACAAUAUAAAUGUAUACAAAACAAUAAUAAUUUGUUUUAAAUUUGUUUGUACGAUUAUUCUUUAUAAAAUAAGAAAAUGAUAAAUUUGCGAAUAGGAAUUCCUCUUCUUCAACAUAACAAUAACAAUGUAUUUAUUUGCUAUUAUUAGAUAAACUACUAGUACUAGUUAUAAGAGUGUAUCGAUAGACCUAUAAUCAUACUAGAAUUAAAUUAAUGAAUAAUAUAAAUUUUAAUACUAGGGACAUUUCUUUUAUUUGCGUGAUUUAAUUGCAAACUUUCUUCUUUUUUUUUUUCCAGUCUAACCUAGUUGUUAUCCAUCCCUUUUUAUCUUCCACUGCUCUUUAUUAAGCUAUUUGAAGACUUAAACUCUUUGAAGACAGUGAAAAUGGCUGAAGUUAAUAUUUAAAAAAACUCUAAAUGACUUUGACAACUGUGUGUUAAGCUUCGCUGAGGAUGCAGUAACUAAGUGUUACAGAAAUGGCUAUAUUGUCCAUGUGUUUUUCAGCAAUGGAAAGAACUUUUUUUAUGCUACAGAGACACUGGUUAAAUGUUUCCAAGAAUCAGACAGUAAAUAUGUGCCAAAUAAAAGUGCUGUAAGGACCAGUAUACAUGAUCUAGUGGAUAAAAUUAAGGGCUUAAAGAAAAAUGUUGAUAAAAGCUGGCGUGUUAUAGAAGAUUUGCUUCUGCGGCCUGUUCGUGUACCUAUAUAUAAGACCAAGAAGAGACCGUUGUUACCCGAUAUCACUCAAAGUGGCGACAACAUUGAAGAGACCAUAUUAAAUUCACCACCUGUCAAAAUUAAGAUCCGACUGAGAAAUGUCCUUCUCUCAGAGAAGCAAACCAUUCCAAGUGCAAAAGUUUAGCGCACAGACUGAGAGAAACAAAUACAAAGGUUAAAGCUCUUUCUAAGCGCUUUGAUCAGAGAGUGUUAAAUCAAUCCUUUAAACGGAAAGCCGAAGUUAUUAAUAAAUUGAAACUAAAGAAAGAAAUGAAGUCUCAGAUUCAAGUGGAUAGGCAGCAUAGUAAAUGUACUGAAUGUUUGGCCAAGAUCUCAAAACUGGAGCGAGAGAAGAUUUUAGAUCGUCACAUCUCUUUGCUUAGAAAGGAAAAUAUAGCUUUAAAAAAAUCAUUAAAAGUGAACAAUGAAGAACGAAAAGAUUUACUAAGAAUCGAUAGUUUGAUGGAGACAGUAAGUAAGGAAGCCAUUCCGACUACAAGUGCACUAAGCCAUUCACCAACUGCAAAGAAACUACAAAGAAAGGCCUACGCUGCGCCAAUGAGAAAAUGUAUCCACAACUGCCUGCUAAACCAAGUACCAGGUGAAAGAGCUGAGGUGUUUAUAGCAUUUAUAGUGAAGACGUUAACAGGACUGGACUUGACCGACAUUCCAGGAUCUUCAACCAUUGCAAACAUGGCUUUAGAAUCCAAUCUUGUCAGAUAUUCAGGUAGCUGAUGUCAUGUACUAUUCAGAAAACCUCACCUUCUCCUGGGACUCUACGCCAAUUGAUGGGCAGCACUAUAAUGCUUGCCAUAUCUCUACAGGUGAACAGAACCUGACCAUUGAAGUGGCUGUAGUUCCUGGAGGUAAGACAGAGGACUACCUGAACCAACUUGUUAACUCCCUUCAGGAUCUAGCCACCCUGUAUUCUUUAUACAAGGAGGAUCAGCAUGUUGUGUUACGUCGUAUCUUGCAGUCCUUUAGUGGCACUCUUAGUGACAGGGCGAAAGUUAAUCAAUGUGUUUCAAUGCAGUUGGGUGAUUUGUUGAACAAGAAGUUGGUUCAACUAAAGUGCAAUCUGCACCCACUGCAAGGAAUGGCUUACGAAGCACGAAAGCAGUGUAAGCUUCUCGAUACUGCAUGGAGUACCACCGGUAUGUCAUAUUAUGGGAAUGAUGGAUGUGCUGCAAAUCUUAUACAGGCUGUAUCUAAACUGAGGUAACUUUCAUUUUAAUCUUUUAUUUUUAAAUAUGGCUUGUUUUACUACUUAGAUUUAGUUAACUUACUAAUAUAAACAUUUCUGAUGUUUAUUUUCAUAUAAGCACAUAAAGACAAUUGUGUUUUUUUUCCCCUCCACAGGCAUAAGAUGUCAUCUGGGGAUCCUGCAGGGUUGAUAGCAUUCCUGGAGAAGGAGAAUAUUAAACCUGAAAUUCUUCCUCUAUACAUUGGCAACAGACUCCACAUUUUGUUUCACCUUGCAGGAGUCAUUUUUAAGAUGAAAGAAAUACUGGCUCAGUUCCUAAGAAAUACAGUACAUCUGUCAAAUUGAGAAUUGCCCUGCUGCAUGACAUCUGUUGCAAUGAGAUUCUUAUUCAACUAAGAGUCUUAGGUAACCUAGUUCUAUUUCUAUUUUCAUUAUUUCAUACCAGGUAAAUAGACACGAAUUAAUAUUCAAUUGUAUGUGUAUGUUUCUUAUGCUAGUAAUACUUUGCAUUUCUCAUGAUAGGUCUCUUUGGGAAACUUGUAACUGGACCCUGGAUGACUCAAUUUUACAGGAACUCUGAAGGUUUAAGGCAUUUGGAGAUGGUAGGAGAUUUUUUUUGUUUACUUCAGAUCUAUUUUAUGGUGAUUUUUGUUAAAUAUGCCAAAUCAUUAUGGCAUUGUCAAUAUUUUUAGCUUUUUCCAUUGUUUUUUAAUCAAUGAAGAUUCCACACAUGGGGACGUGCAUUGCCAACCUAGAGAAGAUCAACAGACAACCCAAUUUGCUAUUGACCAAUUUGCUGCUCUGUCUAUACGAUUUGUAUCAGUCCUGACAGGCAGCUUGAGGCGUAUCUUGUUUGGGAACUGGCUAAUCCUUAAGCAGAAUUAAUGACCCUGACCUCAUCAGCCCCUGUUCAUAAUAUCCAUAGUGAGAGGGUUUUGAUGCCCAAUUUAAAAGAGCCCCUAAUUCUUCCACUGGUUUUGUUGAUGCCAAGGUUAAAGCUCUGGUCAACAAAACCAUGGAUUAUCGAGUAAACCAAUUUUGUAACAAGAGAGGCUUGUUAAUUUGCUAUUGGUGAAGCCAGGAAAUCUAGGAAGGUGUUACAGGGUUGGGAUAAGGAUAUGAAGGGUGUACUGAAGAUUUUAUUGAAUUAGCAUUGCUAGUUAAAAAGUUCUGCUUAAAAAUGUAGUACAUCAAAAUGUCGACAGAUUUAAAUUUUAAAAUUUUGUAUAGCAUAAUUUUAUUUUCAUUUGCAAUAUUUGAAUAAUCUGUUACAUUAGGAUUGUCCCAAACUAUUUUUACUGAAAGUUUUAUUGCAGUAGCUUCAUUAGUUUACAAUUAUGUAUUUUAGUGUAAAAAUUUCUUGGCCGCUGCUGCUUUUCAUCAAAUAUUUUUUUCUAAAUUUGCAAAAAAAAUUCUGAUCUGUAUUUUAUUUUAAAUGUGCCUUAUUUUUAGAUGAACUUUAUCUGUUUGUAUUGAAAAUUUUAUAGCAAUAGCUUUAUUGGUUUAGUAAUUAUGUCAUUUUUUGUAAAAUUAAAUUUUUCGACAAUUGUCGUUAUCCACGCCAUGUGCUAAUAAAAUCAUAUUUUUUCAAAUAUGUUACUUCACAAUUCAUGUGUUUUGUUUUGUGAAACAUUUUAUUGUAAAUGUUUCCUCUAAAUUUGAGAGCGCUAACUUUAAUAGCCAAAAAGAUACAAGCAAAAUAGUACAAAAAGAGUAAUAAUGUGAUCAGUCUUAAAAAUUAAAUACAAAGCCGAAUAGUGGGGAAAAAUAAAUCACUAAAAAAUUCAUAACUUUUCUCCUGUAAGUGAUGGAAAGAUUAUCUUGGUGUCAUUGGAAAGCUUAGAGCCAGCUUUUUCCAAUGAUAUGCUCUUUGUGUAUGUCAGAUAUAUUUGAAAAUUUGAGUUCGAAUGCCUAACCUUGUCAUUAAAUAAUGUGAAUUAGAGUUCAGAUAUUUAAUCAUAAAGGAUUUCCAGUAAUCUAAGUACUUUUCUUUAAACAUGCUGAUUCGACACCAGUCAUAUCUCACACUGUAGUGUUUAUAUCAUUACAAAAAUGAUGAAUAUUCAGAGAUAAUUUGCAAAGGGUCCAUAAAAUCUAGAUUCUUUAAGGGCCUUUGCAGAUCUGAAUCUGGCACUGCAUCAACAAUCAUCUACUUGCUAUUUGUCUAUUUCCUUAACACCAUUGUUAGCAGCAUGUUUAUUUCCUAUUUGUCUAUUUCCUUAACACCAUUGUUAGCAGCAUGUUUAUUUCCUAUUUGUCUAUUUCCUUAACACCAUUGUUAGCAGCAUGUUUAUUUCCUAUUUGUCUAUUUCCUUAACACCAUUGUUAGCAGCAUGUUUAUUUCCUAUUUGUCUAUUUCCUUAACACCAUUGUUAGCAGCAUGUUUACUUGCUAUUUGUCUAUUUCCUUAACACCAUUGUUAGCAGCAUGUUUAUUUCCUAUUUGUCUAUUUCCUUAACACCAUUGUUAGCAGCAUGUUUACUUGCUAUUUGUCUAUUUCCUUAACACCAUUGUUAGCAGCAUGUUUAUUUCCUAUUUGUCUAUUUCCUUAACACCAUUGUUAGCAGCAUGUUUAUUUCGGUCACUGUCAGGUUUGGGUUUUUGGGAGAAAUUGGCUCGGGGGUGGAUUUUUAUUCUAAAGUUGACCCGUUUUCUUGUUUUUGUAUUAAGUUUUCACAUAAUGUUCUUCAUAUUUACAUAUCUUGUAACAGGCCAUUAUUUUUCAGAUUUUUUUCUUUACAAUGACAGCUAAGGGGAAACAGCAUGUUUAGGCAUCCUUUUAAAUGUUUGCCUUCAUUAUUCAUUGAUAGUAUCUUUAAUGUUGACAUGUGUCUGAUGAAUGUCACCACGAAUUUAUUAUAUUAGUUUUGUUUAUUUUUGACUUUCCAGCUUUCACAUCUUAUUUGUUUCUCAAAAUGAUGGUAUAAUAUAUUUAAAUAUUUAUGAUUAUGUAUAUAUAUUCUGACAUCGGUGAUAGUAGUAGCCAAGUACAGUUAAUUGAUUUUUAAACUUUUUGGAAAGUCCAAGGCUAAAAUGGCAAUCACAGAUCUUUUAAAUACAAAUAACAUAGAAAUGAAUAUAAUAAAUUUCUCUUAAGUACAUUUAGAAAAACAAGCAGGCUAAUGUUACGUGGUGCACAAGCCGCACGCCUAAAUGUAAAAAUUAUUGCAUACAUAAACAACCAAUUUGAUAGUAGGUAUUAACUUUUGAAAAUGUAUUUUAACAACUUUCUCAAUGGCAAAUGUUAAAUUUCUUUUUUCUACAGAUAAUCAUUUGUUUCUUAUCAUUAGCCCAAAGUUGGGUAAUUUCAUACACCUUGCAGACAGGAUGAGACGAAGAGCUCAUAUGAAGUCUGCCAACCCAGAAUCACAAUUGCCUUGCUGUGAUUUAAUAUUGUCUCCAGCAUCUCUAGUCAUUGAAGGAGCUAGUAAUAGUGAUAUUAUUCUCAGGACAAUAGGUUAGAAUGUAGUUUGAGAAAGUUUAAUUUUCUGGUGCCAUGGAAAUUCACUUACCAUUAAUGCUGUUCUAUAGUGCAAAUUUAGAUAUAGUACUGUCGUGGCAUGGCUUCCGAAAUUCCCUCUUUUUUUUUUCACAAUUACUCAAAGGAGUAAAAAAUAUAUAUUCUUGUACAACACCAUCACAAAUUGACUAAAACUAGCCCUGCUUAACGGACAUAUCUCACUAAAAGCAAGAUAUUUAAAAUAAAUUUUUUAAAACAAAACCCUGUAUCUUCUUAACUAUCACAAUACACUCUUCGCACAGAAUAUUGUUAAACCUUGCUAUGAGUGGGAUGUCAUUUUAUGAGCACCAAUAAUCACAUUUCACUGUAAAUAUGUAACAAGAAUAACCAUAGAAUACUUAGAUAGCUAUUGUUUAUUAACCCAAACAGAAGCCAGCUGUCCAUUGCAAGAAGAACUUCCAGAAACAGGUGAUUUGAUAACUUAUGUAUGUUUGAAUCAUGCUGGAGAUUUUUCUAAGGGAGCUUUCAUGAGGUAUGCUAGACACUUUCAGUUUGUUGGGAUUAAACUUACAUUUGACAACUUUGGUUGUGCAACUGUUGCAAAUGAGGUAUGCUAGACACUUUCAGUUUGUUGGGAUUAAACUUACAUUUGACAACUUUGGUUGUGCAACUGUUGCAAAUGAGGUAUGCUAGACACUUUCAGUUUGUUGGGAUUAAACUUACAUUUGACAACUUUGGUUGUGCAACUGUUGCAAAUGAGGUAUGCUAGACACUUUCAGUUUGUUGGGAUUAAACUUACAUUUGACAACUUUGGUUGUGCAACUGUUGCAAAUGAGGUAUGCUAGACACUUUCAGUUUGUUGGGAUUAAACUUACAUUUGACAACUUUGGUUGUGCAACUGUUGCAAAUGAGGUAUGCUAGACACUUACAGUUUGUUGGGAUUAAACUUACAUUUGACAACUUUGGUUGUGCAACUGUUGCAAAUGAGGUAUGCUAGACACUUACAGUUUGUUGGGAUUAAACUUACAUUUGACAACUUUGGUUGUGCAACUGUUGCAAAUGAGGUAUGCUAGACACUUUCAGUUUGUUGGGAUUAAACUUACAUUUGACAACUUUGGUUGUGCAACUGUUGCAAAUGAGGUAUGCUAGACACUUUCAGUUUGUUGGGAUUAAACUUACAUUUGACAACUUUGGUUGUGCAACUGUUGCAAAUGAGGUAUGCUAGACACUUUCAGUUUGUUGGGAUUAAACUUACAUUUGACAACUUUGGUUGUGCAACUGUUGCAAAUACUUGGCAAUAAUUUACCCAUGAGAUUCUCCGGGAGAAGUUUAAGUACCUGCACUGGUCAGUGCCCUACCUUCACUUAUUAGUACUGGUCAGUGCAUACUACUUUUGAAAAUGAAAACUGCAUAUUUUGUAUCUAUACAUGUUUAUUUUCUAGCUCUCUAUCAAGUGUAUAAAAGGGAUUAUAUCUCACUAAAUCAGUGCAGCAGCAACUAAUUUUAAAUAAUAUAUAUUUGUCUGAAUGAAUAUCCAAUCAAAUAAACAUUUUCAAACUUAAUAUUAAGCAAAUGCUUUGCAAGAUUAUAUGUUGUCUUAAACGCAUAGGUUGUUCUGUCAAAUUAAAAUACAAUUUUAUUGCUUUUAAAUCAAUAAAAUAGUGUAUGGGGUGACACCUGCAUAAUCUACCGCAGAGAAUGUCUUUAUGAGGAGAAAGACAUCAGGAUUUUCAGUUAUAAACAUUCUUCAGAUGUUGAUUUGAUCAGAACCAUUUCCUUAAAGACGAGUUUAAUUGGCGUUGUAUCACUGGCUUACAAUGAAGAUAGGGUAAGAAACCAUUGUCAUUAACUGUAUCUUUUAUCUGUAUCAAUUAAGGGGGAGGGGGGGGGAUUAAAUCAGAAUGAAGGCUGGGAGGUAGUUAUCAAAUACCUUCCUUCUAAAACUUAGUAUAAUGGUGAUCAAUUUUAUUGAAUAAUUUUGUAUGUUAAAAAUCUCUCAUUUAAAAAUUGAUAUAAAAUCAACAUAUUUCAAAAAUUUAAUUUACAACUAUAUUUAAAUUUUUGUUAGCUUAAAUUUGAAGUUUAAAGUUAACCUUGUGAAAUCUAUUAUUUAGCUCAAAAUUAUUGCAGAUCACUUGUUCUGUUACUUCAUUGAUUCUAUAGGUGGUGGUAGUAUGUACUAACAGAAUUAUCUGCUUAUUUGAAAAUGCCUCUGCUUACAUAGUGCCUGUCUUUCAAUACACAAUGAGCAAAGAGCCGCUUAAAGUAAAAAUGUUGGGAGACUUUAUAAUUGUGCUGUUUGGUAAGUGCAUUCUUCUAAAUCAGGUUAAAAAUAUUUCAUCCUUUUUUAAAAGCAUUAUUAUAAGAGAAGCAAAACCAUUCUUAUGUCACGCUUCUCUUUCAUAGCAUUUGAUAAUAGAAGCUCAGCACAUGACCUUCCAGUGUUGCUGAGUCUCUUAACUUGGCUGAACUGAUAUCUUUAAGAAGUGAAUGGUGGGGGGGCCUUGAAGCCAACAACUUUGUGCAGAUGGUGCUAGUUAGCCUUGGAUGGGAAACUGUUUCCCUACCUUUUUGAUGCAUUGAGUGGGGUUACACCCCACCCAGACCCAGAGAAAUGCUUUGAGUAAAACAUGAAGAAGAAAAAAGGCUGGUCAUGCAUGAGGGUGGAUACAUAUCCGGAAUAUUAAAAUUACCUACCGGUACCAGGAAUACCAUUGUGUUGAGAACAUACUGUUGCUGGAAGAUAGGAGACUACCGGUACCAGGAAUACCAUUGUGUUGAGAACAUACUGUUGCUGGAAGAUAGGAGACUACCGGUACCAGGAAUACCAUUGUGUUGAGAACAUACUGUUGCUGGAAGAUAGGAGACUACAGACUAUUUGAAGCAAAAAUAACAUUUACUAUAUGAUAAUUUUUAAUGCAACCUCACCACCUAAUAUAUACAUACUUAUGGUGGGCAUAUAUGCGCCAAUUGGAAAGGAUAACACUGGGGAAAUAAUGGGAAAGCAUGAAGAACGGAGAUAAAUGGAAAGUCAUCCUUGAUGGCAGAUGAAUAAUUAUUAUGGCACUGGAGAAUUCUGUUAACUUUGUCUUUGUUAUAUUUAAAACUGGCCAAGGGUACAUAAACCUAUAGUUGGCACUGCUAAGCAUUUAUGAAAGAGCCGAAUUCCUAAUGAAAUUUUAUUUAGAAUCAAGUGACUAGGUCACUAAGCUAAGUAAUCUGUUGUGUUAAAUUUGAAAUGCUAGCACAUCUAGAGAAUCUGGAAAAACAUUUGUUUUUUUCCAGGUGCAUUUUGCCUAUGUCCAGAAAAACUUUUUUUUUUUAAUUUACAGCACAGUUUUUAUUUUUUCAAAGUGAUUUAUUAGCACUGAAACAAAUCCAGUCAUGGUUUCUAUUCAUUGAUUUGUUGGAACUAUUUAUUUAAAACAGCUUAAAAUGUAAUGCAAAAUGAAUAUAGUUUACUUUUAACACAGACACAACAGAGAGCCAAAAUGUCAGUUUUAACAAUAAAAUGUUUUUUGAACUUUUCAGAUGAUGGAGAUAUUGAAACAACCCAUGUGUUAACUAGUGAUGUCAUGACUUUAGCUGAUUGGCAGCAACUGGAUCUAUCAGAGCUGGAAGAAACUCAUUGUCCCAUUCUUAAAUACAGUCUCUUCAGGAUUAUGGAUAUUAUCCUUCAAGGACAUUUAUUUGCAUUCAUCACAGACUUUGGUAAAUUGUUUGUACUAUUCAUACUCAGCAAUCGGCCUCCUGUUUUGUGCAGAGUGCCACAUUAUUUUUUUAUGACAUGACAUGGCAUAAUUUUCAAGCAACCAAGAGUUCUAAGUAAAUUUAACAAACUUUUAACAUUUUAAAAAUAAUUAUAGUGCAAUACCUAACAUCUGAUAACUAGUUGGUGAAACUACAAUUAUAGUUUGGAAAUUCUACACUGUUUAUUAAUUUUCAAUGGCUUUUACAGAUAAUUGACAAUUUUUGCAUAUUACAAAACACAUUAAUCCAGUUCCCAUAUUAAAUGUGUCAGCAUGUCAAAAGUGGCCCAGGGGAUCUAGGCUUUCCUACCCAUGCUCUAAUGGCCCAGGAGAUCUAGGCUGCCUAUCCAUGCUCUCAUGGCCCAGGGAAUCUAGGCUGCCUACCCAUGCUCUAAUGGCCCAGGGAAUCUAGGCUGCCUACCCAUGCUCUAAUGGCACAGGGAUCUAGGCUGCCUACCCAUGCUCUAAUGGCAAAGGGGAUCUAGGCUACCCUUCCUGCUCUAACUAGUUAUAUACAAUGUGUGAACUUUGACCAUUGUAUUUUUUAAUCAUCUGCUAUUAAGUAUCUAGAGCACAGGUCCCCAAAUUUGUGUAUGUUGUAACCCCAUUUAUAGAAGCAAAGAGACUCACAACCUUGAUAUAUUAAUUUUUUUAUCGUUAAAAGAAAAUACAGGUAUUAAAAUUGGGGUAUGAUUAAAUUAUUUAAACUUUAUCAAGACAAAUUAAAAUGUAUUUAAAAUCAUGAAUUUUUUAAUUCACUGUUUUGGCCUGUGACCCCAGUCAAAGAAACUCUCUCUCCCCCCCACCCCUAAAUUUGUGACACAGCUCUAGAAUAUUCUUUUUUUUAAAUUAUUACAUUUAUAAAACAUGUCAAGAUUUAUUGUCGGGUUUUAGACAGGGCUAGGAACAAAUUAUUUUGAUCCCUUUUCAACUAUUUUAUUUUAUAUUUAUUUAUCCCCUUGAAGCUAAUCAAGCUAAUUAAUUAAUCACUUUGAAACAAAUUUUAAUUUUUUUUAUAUUUAUUGACCCCCUUGCAAAAUGAAAAUAUACUCUCCUAUAUUUACUGUUCCUUGUGAAACUAAACCAAUUUAUUUUUAUGGAUCCCAGGGUUCCUGUUUAUCAGCUAUCUUGACUCUCUGGACCAUGAAUGUUUGGUACGUAACCUACAGCAUGCAUGUGAUGUUCCAUUGAAUCCAGAUGGCUUUGUUUCUCGCAUGACAGUGGAUCAGGAAGAUGGGUUGAAGUUUGCAGUGGUUGAAAGAUUCUAUAAUGUCUCCAUGUGGGUCUCAGCCGUGCAUGUCAUUAGUAUUGAUUUAUUACAAUGACUAUUACAGUAUUGUAAUUUGCCAAAAGGUUUCUCAGGAAUACUUGCUCUUUCAGUGCACAAAGUUAAUACUUUAUCUUCAUGUUUUGACUAACUUACUGGGUAUGAGAGAUAUAAACCAUACUUGUAUAUAUAACAUUGACAGUAUCACCUUCAUUUAUCUCUGCCUACAGUUCAGUCCACAUAAAUCAAUGACAAGUAUUAAAAUUAUCAUUUCUUUGUUCUCGUCCUGAUCAAUUAAAUCAAUUUUGUUCAAUCUUUCCUGUCUUGAAUUUUUGUUUUUGGUGCUUUAACCUGCAGAUUAACUUCUUUUAUUUAAAAAAAAAAAUUAAGUAUUUAUUAGUAGGGAAAAUAUUUUUAAAAAUAAAAUACCUACAUUGUCUUAAAAUGUAAUUAAUUAAUGUAAUUACUGAAGUUACUAAAACUACAACAGUUGUAAGGGGACAUCUUAUCUCUGUAUUUUAACUCUAAGAUUAGAUUUUCUCUGCUGUUUGUAAAGUUAAAGUUACACAAAAUGUAUGACAGUAAUGUAAUCUCAUUGCUGUUAAAUUUACUAGAAGAAAAGAAAUAAUAGUUUCAAAAGCAGUGUAAAACUUAAAGAAGUUUUUUUUAUCUAUCUUCCUGAGCUCAUUUUAAUAGACAAACAGUUGUUAGGCCUGUUACAUGGAUAGGUCUUACAUACUAAUUUUUUAUACACAUUUUUUGAAAGUUAGUGAAAAGCACCCUACACAUGGUUUAUACAAAAUUUGAUAUCUAUAAGUAUUCACACAUGCAAAAUGUGAUUAUUAAAAGGUUAAGAUUAUUGGAGAGUAAAGAAAACAGGCUCACUGUAGUGUUUUUAAAGUAUGAAUAAUAAUUUCUCAUCAUACCAAAGGACUUUCAAAGUUUUCUGCUGAUCAUUUGUAUGAAAUUCAUUCCGCUAUAUCAAUUAUUUAUUUCAGGUCUGCAUUUUUUUAAAGAAAUGUCUAAAAUAGUCAAAUAAAAAUAUUAUGUUUAUAAAUAACUCUUCACAUCACACUUGUAUGAUGUUAAUUUGCUUUAUGAAAAUAAGUUUUAUUUGUUUAUACUGCAUCCAAACUUUGUCUUUAAAUAUGCAAUUUGCCAUUCAUCAAAAUUAAAAGUGAUCUUUUUAUAUUUUCACUGAAUAUGACAUUAUUUUCAUAUUAGGGCCUAUUUUUUUGUGGCAUUAAAAAUAAAGCACAUCAACUGUAUUCUAUUAUUGUUAAAGGAGUUUUUUUGCAGUAAUAAAGAUUCAUGUUCAGAAAAAGUCUUUUGGAUGACCACCUAGUUGAUUGCAACGAAGAGCAGAGUUGAUUGAAAGUUGCAUUG